UUAACGUAUUUCUGCAUGGUAAUGCUCUGUUAUUACUAAGCAAGCAGACUCGGGGUGAGAUGGGGACUCGAGUGUGCGCGUGAGAGCAGCAGUAACACCCAUUAACAGAUCCGGUGUUCUGACACGAAGACUGAGGAACUUUAGCAGUUGUGAAGGAGCUAUGAGCUGGAGUCAGUCUGAUGCUGGAAUCAAAUCAUCCAGCAAUACGGAUAAAGGAAUAAAAGUAGCCUAAAUGUGCAAAUGCAUCGCAGCACAACUUACAUGUCCAAGCUGAAAAUGAGCAGGGCAACGCAAAAUCAAUGGGCUUAAAACGGCUCCGCCAUGAUGACCACCGUGACCUGGUAGACUGUGUAUUUGUGGAGUGUACGACCUGCACAGCCACGUGGCAGAGAUGUACCAAGAGGUGGCUUUCCUAGCAGGCAGCACUGAUCAUCAGUUUACCUCCUUCCACUUUAAAACUUUGGAGAACCCCCAUGAAAUCAGCAGCAAAAAGGGUGUGUUCUACAAACGCGUGCAAAUUCAGCGCAAGCCCGGCGUACAGAGGGACGAGGUUCACCGGAAUCGAGGGGCUGGAGCAGACGAGGGUGUUUUAGCUGACCGUACCGCCAUCAUCAAUGUGGGCGGCAUCCGUUAUCGCAUACCAUGGUCCACUCUUGAGGAGUUCCCACUGACGCGCCUGGGGAAGUUACGUAGCUGCAGCAAUGCCGAGGAAAUCCUCGACCUAUGUGAUGACUAUGACGCGCACUGCAAUGAGUUCUUCUUCGACCGAAGCCCCAGCGCCUUCCGCUCCAUCGUUACGUUCCUGGCGGCCGGGAAACUCCGUCUUCUGCGGGAGAUGUGCGCGCUGUCCUUUCAGGAGGAGCUGUUGUAUUGGGGUGUGGAGGAGGCCAGUCUGGAGUGGUGUUGCUUGAGAAAACUGCGUCUUCGGCAGGAGGAGCAGCGGCAGAGACUCCGGCAGGAGGAGGAGGAGGUCGAGCUGACCUCACCCCAGUCGUAUGAGGAGGCGCCGGGUGUCGGGGUCCCAGAGGAGGGUCGUCUGGCGGGGUGCAUGCACAGCCUCAGAGACAUGGUGGAGAACCCUCACUCUGGGAUUCCUGGGAAGAUCUUUGCCUGCCUCUCGGUGGUGUUUGUGGCCAUCACGGCUGUUACACUGUGUGUCAGCACCAUGCCUGACAUGAGGGAGGAGGAGGAGAGGGGUGAGUGCUCCCAGAGAUGCUUCAACAUCUUUGUGCUGGAAACGGUGUGUGUGGGCUGGUUCUCCCUGGAGUUCCUGCUCCGUUUCAUCCAGACACAAAGCAAGUGCGUGUUCUUGCGCACACCCCUCAACAUCAUCGAUGUGGUGGCCAUCCUGCCCUAUUACAUCACUUUGAUAGUGGACUCACUGUCUGUAGGCGACCGUCCCACCGGCUCAGGAAACAACUACCUGGAGAAAGUGGGAUUGGUCCUGCGAGUUCUUCGAGCGCUGCGGAUCUUCUACGUGAUGCGUUUAGCACGUCACUCUUUGGGGUUGCAGACGUUGGGGUUGACCGUACGCCGAUGCACUCGAGAGUUCGGACUGCUCCUGCUGUUCCUGUGCGUCGCCAUGGCACUGUUCUCACCUCUGGUCUUCCUGGCCGAGAGCGAGUUGGGCGCCAAGCAGGAGUUUACCAGUAUCCCUGGGAGCUACUGGUGGGCCGUCAUUUCCAUGACCACAGUUGGAUACGGUGACAUGGUUCCACGCAGCAUUCCUGGCCAGGUGGUGGCACUCAGCAGCAUCCUGAGUGGAAUCCUGCUCAUGGCAUUCCCAGUCACAUCCAUAUUUCACACUUUUUCACGCUCCUACCUGGAACUAAAAGCGGAACAGUGUCGGGCCACACGGCACAAGCCCGAUUCACAAGACAGCACCAAGUCCCAAAACAGUGAGGAUUCACAGGACACUGACAGUUCGUUACAUGGAAUCACAGAGACCGCUGCAGUCAGUGCGCACCAUCGCAGAUCUGUGGCUGUGGCAAGUCAAGGAGUCCCACAGGUCAGGCGAUCUCUAAAGUCAUAAUGCAAACAAUUAACUAAGACUUAAGAAAAAUCCCACGUACAAAGACAUGCUACAGGUGAGCGGCCAUAUAUAGUACCUGUUUAAGCAGGUGACUUGACAAUAAUAGACUGGGAAAGGAACAUUAAAAUGGUCGGGUUUGUUGUCCAAAGCACAAUUCUUUAAGGAGUUAGUUCACCCUAAAAUGAAUAUUCUGUCAUCAUUUACUCACCAUCAUGUUCCAAAUGCAUGACUUUCUUUCUUCCAUGGAACACAAAUGGAACUGUUGAAAGUGAAUGGAGACUGGGUCUAUAAAUUCCAAAAACAAUUUAAAAAACACCAUAUGACUCAUGGCACCCUUAUUCAAAGCCUUCUGAAGCCAUAUGAUAACUUAGUGUGAGAAAAGAUGCAAAAUGUAAGUUAUUUUCCCCCGACUUAGUAGCUCUUAAAUCUCACUUUUGAUUCAGAAUUAAAAUGUGUCAUGCCAGGUUUGACAUCAGUGACACGAAACAUGCUAGAGGAGUGAGGUCUACCACCCGCCUAAAUCUCACUCUCAUCUGGGUCACGGCACCAAUGUAAAUGGUCCUACUUGCACCACUCCGAGUGGGAUUCGAACCAGUGUUAACCAGCAUGGGAGAAGGGCUUGCUAACAAGGAUUUUAAAACUAGCAGCCCAUAAAAAAAAUGUCUAAGGUCAGGGAAGUGAGGUUUACCUGCACAGCUCUUAAUAGCUGCCCUAUUUUAUAUAUGCAGCAGUUCUAUUGAGAUUUGAGAGCUCAACUGCAUUUGUCCCCAUUCACUUUAAUUGUAUAGAAAAAAAACUGCAUGAACAUUCAGUUAAACAUCUCCUUUUUGUUCCACCGAAGAAAGAAAAUCAUAUGGGUUUGGAAUGGCAUGAGAGUGAGUGAUGAUUGAUUUUUAUUUAAGCUCGUGUACCUGGUAGAUGGAUGCUCCUACCUGUGAAAACUGUAUGACUGUGAAGAUUGACAUUUUAUUUUGCAUCCACCUUUAAGGUAAAAUGAGUUUUUCUCUGGUGUAAGAGCAUACAUUGUGUUACACUGUUCAAAAAAGGCUAUUGAACUUUAAUUUAUGCUACUAUAUAGCUGGUUUGCAAUAACUAUGUUUAUGAAAACACAUUUCUGUAUAAUUCUGCUUUUAGAUGCCAUAGUCUCAGGAUCUGCCGGUUGUAAUAAACACAGUGAAAUACCCUUUAAAAGAAUAAAGGUUUCUUAUUUUCAAAUUGU